GCCAUGGCUACCACCGACUCUAAUGGCAAUAGCAAGCAGCUUCAUGUAGUCAUGUUUCCAUGGCUUGCUUUUGGUCACAUCAUCCCUUUUCUAGAACUUUCCAAAUUCAUAGCAGAAAAGGGUCACAGAGUCUCUUUUCUUUCCACAACUCGAAACAUUCAACGUCUCCCACCUUCCCAUCAUCUCUCCCAACUUAUAACUUUGGUUCCACUCACACUUCCACCUGCUCACCACCUCCCUCAGAAUGCAGAGGCCACCAUGGACGUCCGCACCCAUGAUAUUCCACACCUCAAGAAGGCCUUCGAUGGUCUUCAACACCAACUCACUACAUUUCUCGAGGUAGAGUCCCCAGACUGGAUUAUUUAUGAUUUCGCUCCAUACUGGUUACCGUCCAUCGCCGCUGGUCUUGGCAUCUCGCGAGCCUUCUUCUCAAUAAUCAACCCUUGGUUCCUCGCUUUUCUAGGGCGAUCGCCAGAGGAGUUGAUAAAUGGUUCUGAUGAUCGCAAGACGGUGGAGGAUUUCAUGGCGCCACCCAAGUGGGUUCCCUUCCCUACCAAAAUAUGCUACCAGAAGCAUGAGGCCAACUGGAUACUGGAUGGCAGCAGUUCUCUUAAUGCUUCUGGGGUUUCAGAUACGUAUCGUUCCGGGAUGAUCUUUCAGGCGUCUGAUUGUAUGUUUAUAAGAUAUUGCUAUGAAUUUGAACCUCAAUGGUUAACCCUUUUUGAGGAUCUGCACCACCUCCCGGUGAUUCCCGUGGGGUUAAUGCCACCGGCAACAGCCACCAACGUCGGAGAUGAGAAAGAUGACGCAUGGCUAACCAUCAAGAACUGGCUGGAUGGUCAACAAAAAGGUCAAGUGGUGUAUGUGGCGUUAGGAAGUGAGGUUAUGCUGACGAAAACCGAACUGGGUGAGUUAGCGCUGGGUCUGGAGCUUUCGGGGUUGCCAUUUUUCUGGGCUCUGAGAAAGCCAGCAGGUUCGACGGAGUCGGAGACGGUGGAGUUGCCAGAAGGGUUCAUAGAACGAACCCGUGACCGUGGGAUGGUGUGGAAGAAGUGGGUGCCUCAGUUAGAGAUACUGAGUCAUGUGUCGGUGGGUGGUUUCCUGACACACUGUGGAUGGGGUUCCAUUGUGGAAGGGCUAGCGUUGGGUCACCCUCUGAUAAUGCUUCCAUUUUUGGUGGACCAAGGUCUGAAUGCACGAGCACUGGUGGAGAAACAGGUAGGAAUGGAGGUCGAAAGAAACGAGGAAGAUGGGUCGUUCAGCAAGGAAUCAGUGGCGAAAUCGGUGCGUUUGGUGGUGGUGGAAGAUAAAGGGAAGAUGUACAAGGAAAAGUCAAUGGAGCUGAGUCGAAUAUUCGGCAACACGAAGCUACAGAAAAAGUAUACGGACGACUUCGUGGAGUAUUUGGAGAAGCAUAGGAGUAGUAGUGUUCCACAUCAAGUUGUUGGCACAAUGGAAUGAAUUUGAAAUCAUAUAUUGUUUUUCUUUAGAGUCUUUCAAAUUUCAGUCGGUCUACU